CCUUCCUCGAGUAGCUCUCCGUCCCGGCAUCAUGGCGGCAGCCAUGCUGGCGUGCCCCGGCAAAGCUCUGCUGCGGCGGGGCGCUGAGCUGCUGCAGCGAGGAGGACCCCGGGAGCCGCUCUGGCAGCGCCUCGGAGGAGGCCUGGGGCGCGACUUCAGCCUUUCUCACCAUUGGGGCACAGUCAUCGUAGAGCGCUGGUGGAAGGUGCCGCUGGCUGGGGAGGGCCGGAAGCCGCGCCUGCGCCGGCGACACCGGGUCUACCGGCUAGUGGAGGACACGAAACACCGGCCCAAGGAGAACCUGGAGCUCAUCCUCACGCAGUCUGUGGACGAACUUGGAGUCAGGGGUGACCUGGUCUCGGUGACGAAAUCAGUGGGUCGUAACAAACUCCUUUCUCAGGGACUGGCUGUAUAUGCAUCCCCCGAAAACAAGAAGCUGUUUGAAGAGGAGAAAUUGCUGAGACAAGCAGGAAAAUUAGCAAGAUUGCAGACCAAGGCAGGUGAGGCGACAGUAAAGUUUUUGAGAAGCUGUCACCUGGAAGUGGGAAUGAAGAACAACGUCAAAUGGGAGUUGAACUCUGAAAUAGUUGCUCGCCACUUCUUCAAGAAUCUUGGCGUUGUGGUUGCCCCACAUACCCUGAAGUUACCAGAGGAGCCGAUCACACGGUGGGGCGAGUAUUGGUGUGAAGUGACGGUAAAUGGGCUGGACACCGUGAGAGUUCCUAUGUCAGUGGUGAACUUUGAGAGGCCCAAGACCAAAAGAUACAAGCACUGGUUGGCUAAGCAGGCUGCCAGGGGCAUGGACUCUACUGGUUCCCAACUGGUCUGAGCUACGACUGUAAAGCAGAAGUGGAGCAAAACUGGGUCAGCCCCUAGCCGCAUUCCCAGCUCCCAGCAAAUGUGGGAGCUUGGAGAUCACGUGGACACGUCUGACAGAAUAGCACGUGCAGGUCAGAAUCUUCACCUUAGCCAUCUCCACCUUCAGCAGCCAACAUGUCUGGCUUUACUGGGGCAGUCGUGUUCAAGAAGAACCAGACUGUCAUUUGCUAAACUCUGUGUGACUGGAUUCAAACAGUCUAGAUGCCUCUUAGCCUCUUCCUCCUUUGGAAUCCAUUGGGACAAAUGGGUGAGACAGACAUUGUGUCUAGGACUUGGCUCAAGUCUCAUCAGCUAAACUCAAC